GGGGCUCAAUGUGUGGAGAGGACACUUCCCACCAAUCAGGGGCCUCAGGCCCAUAUGGCCCAAUUGGGGCCCCCCUUACACCGCUACAAUCAGGAGCUGACUGACAUCCAGCCCCGGACUCCCCCGCAUCCCUAUACUGGACACCCCGGAUCUCUAUACCGGACACCCCCGCAUCUAUCCCCGCAUCUCUAUACCGCACAGCUGCGCUGCCAUGUCCGAGCUCGGGAGGUGCACCCAUGCCAUAGUCCGGUCCAUUCCCCAGUCCCUGGGCCGCCUGGCACUGAGGACAGAGGAGGGUAGCGCAGUGGCGGUAGCCCGGGCCAGGCUCCAGCAUGACGUGUAUGUGGGGAUACUGAGGAACCAGCUGGGGCUGAGUGUGGUGGAGCUGGAGGCGGAUGAGAGUCUCCCAGAUGCCCCAUUUGUGGAGGACACUGCCAUAGUGUGCGGAGAAAGAGCCCUGAUUACCCGGCCGGGGGCUCCCAGCAGAAGAGGGGAGGUGGACGCUGUGAAGAAAGCGCUGCAGGACCUGCAGCUGAACGUGGUGGAGAUGACCGAUGAAAACGCCACCUUAGACGGCGGAGAUGUUUUGUUUACAGGACGCGAGUUCUUUGUGGGUUUAUCGAAAAGGACCAACCAGCGGGGGGCGGAAAUUCUGGCUGACACUUUUAAGGAUUACGCCGUUUCCACGGUCCCCGUACAUGACUAUUUGCAUCUGAAGAGUUUCUGCAGCAUGGCCGGCCCAAACCUUAUUGUCAUCGGCUCAAGUGAGGCAGCUCAGAAAGCCCUAAAGACCAUGCAGCAGAUGAGUGAUCACCGCUACGACAAGCUGACCGUUCCCGAUGACGCCGCUGCCAACUGCAUCUACUUAAACAUUCCUGGCAAAGGGAAUGUCCUCCUGCACCGAGCCCCCGAGGAGCUGCCUGACAGCGUGAAGGUGUUUGAGAAGCUGAAGGAGCACAUGCUGAUCCCCGUGGCAAAUUCGGAGCUGGCCAAAGUGGACGGGUGCCUGACCUGCUGCUCCCUACUGAUCAACAAGUCCUCUGACCUCUGAGCUUGCAGACAAGGCCGCGUGUGACUGGCCAGGGGGACGUGCUGCGGUCACUUACGUGUCGCCCUAUAACCCGACAAUCUACCACUGAGCUACUAAUACUAUGUGAUAACCUGAGGGCUAGAGUCACUAACCUACGGAUCACUCAUCUAGUUAUUACGCAGCAAAAAACGCCUUAAAUUAUCACAAAAGCCUCAUUUAUCGGCCUACAUAUAGCGGUUACACCGUCCAUCGCGUUCCGCUCAGUCCGUCUCUGGGACGCCCACGCCUUGCUGACAUCUUAGAGUCACAUAAAUGCGUUUUUUUUACCACUAGGAGUAUGAGCUGAGAGUGUAACCGUCACAUACAGCCAGUCUUGGUGGCCUCACGGGGGGACAGCGCCACCCACUGGCUGCAGCAAAGGGGACACUCUAACGUGGAAAGUAAAUAGUGAGCGUUGAUCUUUUAUUUUGUAACUUUUUUUAGUCCAAUUAAACACAUUUUAGCAAAAUAGUUUUAGACUGGAACUAGGCGUUUGUAGUAAUUGUGUGUGUUGUAGUUGUGAAGGGGAUUGUGAUCACACAGUAUACACAUGACACUAUCUGUGGGAGAACGCAGAGACCGUGAUAAGGGAUCUGCUAAGAGAUUCUAUUAUAAAGGGGAAGCUUCCUUGUCCUGGCAUUGUGCUCUCAUUCUCCGCGUGUUCCUUACGUGGCCUGUCCCGUGGCUAUCCGCUCCGCUGCUGCGAAUGUCUGCAGUGAUGUGGAAGGCGUAAGGGGAGGGGUUAUCUCUGUGCGCCAGCCCCGUUCUUCUUAUUUACCCUCGGACAGUUGUCAGUGUCUCCAAAUGAGAAUAUUCUGGUGGCAUGUGUACAGAUGGCAAACGCCUUAACAGUAGGAUAUAGUGACCAUUAGGCCACAAAAUGGCUGGCUAUGUGCUGAACUGCAUCAACGUGGCUGGCUAGGGUAUUUUAUAUUAUAACACCCACUGGGCAUCAACGUGGCUGGCUGGGGUAUUUUAUAUUUUAACACCCACUGGGCAUCAACGUGGCUGGCUGGGGUAUUUUAUAUUAUAACACUCCCUGGGCAUCACCGUGGCUGGCUGGGGUAUUUUAUAUUAUAACACCCACUGGGCAUCAACGUGGCUGGCUGGGGUAUUUUAUAUUAUAACACCCACUGGGCAUCAAUGUGGCUGGCUGGGGUAUUUUAUAUUAUAACACUCACUGGGCAUCACUGUGGCUGGCUGGGGUAUUUUAUAUUAUAACACCCACUGGACAUCAAUGUGGCUGGCUGGGGUAUUUUAUAUUAUAACACCCACUGGGCAUCAAUGUGGCUGGCUGGGGUAUUUUAUAUUAUAACACCCACUGGGCAUCAAUGUGGCUGGCUGGGGUAUUUUAUAUUAUAACACCCACUGGGCAUCAAUGUGGUUGGCUGGGGUAUUUUAUAUUAUAACACCCACUGGGCAUCAAUGUGGCUGGCUGGGGUAUUUUAUAUUAUAAUACCCACUGGGCAUCAAUGUGGCUGGCUGGGGUAUUUUAUAUUAUAACACCCACUGGGCAUCAAUGUGGCUGGCUGGGCUAUUUUAUAUUAUAACACCCACUGGGCAGUGUUUACCUGUUGUCUCCUUGGGUCAUUGAGUUGAAUUUUUUUGUAUCUCAAUUCACUUUUCAGAAUACACUAUGUAUGUGUCACGUGAUCCCACACUACUGAUGUCACAUGACCUACCUAUGGUUUUUAUCAGUCACAUGACCGGGCCUAUAGUUUUUAUCAGUCUCUGCUGAUGUUUUUAAUGUUUGUAUCGUGGAUGUUUUUUAUUAUUAAGCAUUAUCUACUUGUUCUGAUGAAGCCCGUGGGAAGAAUUAUUGGUGCUGCACUGUGGGUGGAGAUGCGACGGGUUAUUUACAUAUUGUGUGAUGCAUUAUGGGGGCUCCUCUUAAGAACAUCCCAAAAUCCCAUAACUAAUUGAAAAGAGAAUAACCCACUCAAAACAUUUUCCUCGCAUUUACCGGCUACAUCGUGAAUAUUUUCCAAGUACAGUUUUGUCAUGAAACGUUAAUACUCAAAAAAUAUCCCCAAUUAAAACCAUUAUGUUGGGUACUAAAACGUAAUGCGUUAACUUAAAAUCAGAUUUCAGACGCAAAUUACCAGUUGAAAACUCAUAAAUACACUGUUGCUGCGGUUUGACAGACUGUCAAUAACCUUCCUUAAAGAGAUCUGUAACUACUGAAACAAACUGUAGCGAUUGUUUCCAUGGUUGCAGAUGUUGCUAAGGAAGGCCAGUUACUUCGAACCUGUCAUAUUGUAGCAAGAGUGUGGUUCUGCAUUUCAGCGGGCAAUUUCAUGCCAAAAACAUAUUCCCUGUAUCAGCAGUUAUUCUAAUGAGUUGUAGAACUUAAUGUCGUGACUCUAAUUAGGGAACCUGAUUUUUAUUGGAGUGGAGUUAUCCUUUAUAUGUAUAGAAUAGGUGAAUCCUGUAUCUCCCAGGAACCCACAAGUCACUCAGAGUGCAUGAUGGUUAGGGCCAACAAACAGUACGGUACAGGGACGUGUGGCUCAUUAGCAUAUUGUCGCCCAUCGCUGCGUACAGGAUCGCAUUCACCUACGUCUGAGACUUCACAUUUUGCUAUACAAGUUUUUGAUAUCUAAUAUAUUAUAUAAAGAAUAGAUCUAUCCCCAAAUAAUUUGGGCACAAUUACAUGAAGGAUUGUUUUCCGCUGGUUGCAGAGUUCGGGGCUCAGGCUGAGUGCGGCAGAAUUUGCGUCCGGAAUUUGGCGAAAUCUUGGCACCUGCCGCUAUUACAUUGAUGCCUAUGAAAUGAUUGGUGGACGCCGUGUUUAUAAGUCGUAAUACAGAAAUAGCCGAUUCAUGUUCAUUGUGUCAGUUCUAAAUAUAAUUUCCCUCUUCCCAGUCACAUAUGGAGAAUCGCCAAAAUCAAAAGUGUAUAUUCGCCCACGUGUUAUAUGCACCCGCCCCCUGUCCUUACACUGAGUCUGACGGCUGUCGUCAUCGGGGCGCACGUACACAAGCCUGUAAUUGGUGCACAUAGCUGCUGUCAUCCUCGGCCGCGGUUCUGUCUGGACGCCAUCCCUGAUCUAUGCCCACGUGAGAACGCAGAUAUACGCUCCAUGUACAGGUGUAUGUUACACCCUACAGCACGUGUACAGUGUGUGUACAUUUCCUAUAUCACUGAGGAAGCCGCUGCUCUCUGCUGAUUCUCCUACACCUCUCUGCUGCUUCUGACACUGGGGACCACCCUCUCCGGGGACCACCCUCUCCUCCUGCAAAUCCUUUACUCCUUUGCUCGGCGUGAUACUGCCCUCUCCUGGCCGUCCUCUUUCCUCUCUGACCAUUCUUUCUCUGGGCCUAAUUCACUAAGGAUUGCUUUUUGCAGCAGCUGUGCGAUUGCAAUCUGUAGCAACACAAAUGCAGGAGGACAUUUGCGAUACAAUCGUCGCAAUGUUCAUUUGCGACGGCAGGCUGAGUAAACCUAAGCUUACUCAGGCUUGCGAGACCAAGGCAACUGCAUCUCGUGAUGCAGUCCUUGGCCUUGCCACUCCCGGAAAACGGGAGCAAAACGGCCCUGUUUCUGGCAAAGCUGGCUGCUCCCGUCCCUCCCUGCGAACGCCUCUGCCUGGCAAUCAGGCAGAGGCGUUUGCAUCCCUGCGAUGCGACCACAGGUUCCAUUCUGCACAUUGGCAGGGCCCCGCUAUCGGGGAAAUGCAGUAAGGAUUACAUAAGUGAUCCUUACUGAAUCCCCGCCCCCCGUCUCCUCUCAUUGAUCCACCUCCCCCCACUUUCCGCUAUCUGUUGGUGUCCCCCAAGGUUCUGUUCUUGGUCCUCUCCUUUUCUCUCUCUAUACAUCCUCAUUAGGUGAGCUUGUUAGUUCUUUUGACUUACAAUAAAUCUGCUGAAUCUAUCCUCCCCUGACCCCUCUCCCGCUCUCCUUACUCAUAUCUCCAACUGUCACUCUAUCUCCUGGAUGUCCCAGCGCUUUCUUACACCGAACGUGUCUAAGACUGAGCUGAUCAUCUUCCCUCCCUCCCGCAUAACCUCACCUCCUACAUCUCAUUAUCUAUGGAUGGCACUACUAUCUCCUCUAGCCCCCAAGUGCGCUGUCUUGGAGUAAUCCUUGACUCCUCCAUCUUCUUCACACCACACCUUCAGCACCUCUCAUAGUCCUGUCAUUUUCAUCUCAAAAACAUCUCCAGGAUCAGACCCUUUCUCACCCAGGACGCUACUAAGACCCUCAUCCAUCUCCAGGCUGGAUUACUGUAAUCUCCUCCUAUCUGGCCUAGGACACUGGUGGUGAGGGUGGUUUACAGCACUGAGCAACUCAUCCCGUAUCUGUUGCUGGGAGUGUGGCGCAUAGCUGUGAUGUCAUACUCCCCAUACAUAGCUGUGAUGUCACACUCCAUAUAUCUGAUGCUGAGAGAGUGGCGCACAGCUAUGAUGUCACACUCCCAAUAUCUGACACUGGGAGUGCGGCGCAUAGCUACAGUAUGAUGUCACACUCCCAGUAUCUGACGCUGGGAGAGCGGCACAAAACUAUGAUGUCACACUCCCAAUAUCAGGAGCAGUGGAGGACUCCCACAGUAAAAAGCAGCUGGGGUGGGGGCACAAAGCCGGGGCAGGGGGCGCUUGUGACUGGAGAAUGCAGUUCUUAGGAUGCCCCCAGGACCCGCUCCUGCCCUGCGCACUGUACUAUAUAUUACUAUAUACUGUAUACUGCUGCCCUGUGUAUAGCAAUUAUCACCCUCCUGCCUCCGUAUUGCUGUGCGUACAGUAAUGUAACCCUAAAUUAAUCUUGUGAUAUUAAACUGUAUUUUAGUAGUGGCAAUAGGAGCAUUAUUCAGGGGUGAGACCUUCGUGUUUCCGUGUAUAUUGUGACACUGCCGCCGUUAUAUAUGCUGUGACAUAUGUUACUCAGGUAUUUACCAGAAUAAUCACAACUGGAUUUCAUGUGAUAAGUGUUCGGUGCACAUCCAGUAACCGUGUACUCAUAGUGUAACUGGUGCCACACAGUGUGACAUUGCGUGUGUGAUACCGCUGUAUAGCAUCACCAAUAAUCCACCCGUCUGGGGACCUGUGAGGCAAUCACUAGUCUUUAAUCAGUAGUCACUAAUCAGUGGUCACUAGUCACUAAUCAGUAGUCACUAAUCAGUGGUCAGUAGUCACUAAUCAGUGGUCACUAGUCACUGAUCAGUGGUCACUAGUCACUGAUCAGGGGUCACUAGUCACUAAUCAGUGGUCACUAGCCAGUCACCCAGAGUGUUACUGUCGGCAUCACCAGCCCAUGUGACCAGAUAUGUAUAAGUGACAUCACACUAUGACAUUAUUGUUCAGUCUUGUUUCAUGUUUGGUUUCUUCUUGUUCAUUAAUAAAUAUUACCCUGAUUUUAUUGUAA